AUGGGGAAUAAGCAGACAGUCUUCACGGCAAUGCAGCUGGACGCCUACCAGGACUGUACAUACUUUACAAGGAAAGAAAUUCUCAGACUCUUCCACCGCUAUCACGAUCUGGCGCCGCAGCUUGUUCCCCUCGACUACACUGAGCAGCCAGAUGUGAAGCUACCAUACGAACUGAUUGGCAGCAUGCCCGAGCUGAAGGACAACCCGUUCCGCCAGAGGAUUGCGGAGGUUUUUUCUGAGGAUGGCCAAGGCAACAUGACUUUGGACGACUUUCUCGACAUGUUCUCAGUUCUAAGCGAGAUGGCACCACGGGACCUCAAAGCAUACUAUGCUUUCAAAAUUUAUGACUUCAACAAUGACGAUUUCCUCUGCAAGUCAGAUCUGGAGAAGACUCUGAACAAGCUGACGCGCAAUGAGCUGACGGAGGACGAGGUGCGCAUGGUGUGCGAGAAGGUUCUGGAUGAGGCCGACAUGGACAAUGAUGGCCGUCUGUCGCUGGAAGACUUUCAGCACAUGAUUGUCCGGGCACCAGACUUCCUCAGCACCUUCCACAUAAGAAUAUAA